CCCUGGGGCCCCUCCCACCGCCACUCCAGUUAAGGCCAGCCCAAGACUGCUUCACUGGGCAGUAGGCACUAGGGCUGGAAUGGGGCUGCCUGGUUCCCCAUGGCAGUGGGUGUUGCUGUUGGGGCUGCUAUUCCCCCCUGCCGCCUCCUUCUGGCUCCUCAAUGUGCUGUUCCCCCCGCAAACCACGCCCAAGGCUGAGCUCAGUAACCACACACGGCCCAUCAUCCUCGUGCCUGGCUGCCUGGGGAAUCAGCUGGAAGCCAAACUGGAUAAACCAGAUGUGGUGAACUGGAUGUGCUACCGCAAAACAGAGGACUUCUUCACCAUCUUUCUGGAUAUCACUAUGUUCCUACCCCUUGGAGUAGACUGCUGGAUCGAUAACACCAGGGUUGUCUACAACCGCAGCUCUGGGCGUGUGUCCAAUGCCCCCGGUGUACAGAUCCGUGUCCCUGGCUUUGGCAAGACCUACUCUGUUGAGUACCUGGACAAAAACAAGCUGGCAGGUUACAUGAACACCCUGGUGCAGAAUCUGGUCAACAAUGGCUACGUGCGGGAUGAGACAGUGCGGGCUGCCCCCUAUGACUGGCGCCUGGAGCCCAACCAGCAGGAGGAGUACCACCAGAAGCUCUCUGGGCUGGUGGAAGAGAUGUAUGCUACUUAUGGAAAGCCUGUCUUCCUCAUUGGGCACAGUCUUGGCUGCCUGCACCUGCUCUAUUUCUUGCUGCGCCAACCCCAGUCUUGGAAGGAUCGCUUCAUUGAUGGCUUCAUCUCUCUUGGUGCUCCCUGGGGUGGCUCCAUCAAGCCCAUGCUGGUCUUGGCCUCAGGUGACAACCAGGGCAUCCCGAUAAUGUCCAGCAUCAGGCUGAAACAGAAGCAGCGCAUAACAACAACGUCCCCCUGGAUGUUUCCCGACUACCGGGUAUGGCCUGAGGACCAUGUGUUCAUUUCCACACCCAGCUUCAACUACACAGGCCGUGACUUCCAGCGCUUCUUUGAAGACCUGUACUUUGAAGACGGCUGGUACAUGUGGCUACAGUCACGUAGCCUGCUGGCAGGACUCCCAGCACCUGGUGUAGAAGUGUAUUGUCUGUAUGGCGUGGGUCUGCCCACGCCCCAUACCUACAUCUUUGACCAUGGCUUCCCCUACACAGACCCCGUGAGCAUGCUCCAUGAGGAUGGCGAUGACACUGUGGCCACACGCAGCAGUGAGCUCUGUGCCCAAUGGAAGGGCCUCCAGCCACAGCCUGUGCACCUGCUGCCUCUGAAUGGGACAGAACACCUCAACAUGGUCUUCAGCAAUCAGACACUAGAGCACAUCAAUGCCAUCCUGCUGGGUACCUACCGACAUAGCACCUCUGUACCCACAGCUGCCAGCUCAGGCACCCCGCCCCCUGAAUAAAGAUCAUCCUUUGCUGCUGUAA